ACUUCGCAGUUUGUCCCAACGCAUGUCCGUUGUGAGUCCGUGAUAAAGAAAAUAAAUUUGUGAAAUACAAAACGGGUUAAGAUGAGGAUACGCAUUGAAGAUGUCUGCCUUGCCCUGGCCAUCGUAAAUGCAAUUACCACAGGACUGGCCCUGUUGGGGAGCAUUGUUUUGAUGUUCAUAUUUAUCGCCAGUGCUUUAAGCGAGACUAAUUAUCCAGGUGAACAAAUAUAUGAUGGCAGCAGUCAAGAAAUAUAUCAAAAGAUGUUCGUAUCAGAUGAGGUGUUCAACACGUUUUUCGGGACCUUUAUUGCCAUACUGGUGCUGGGUUCUCUCAUCUCUUUCAUAUUUGCUGUGCUUCUCUGCAACGGAAUUUCCAACCGCCAGCCAGGGCAAGUAAAGGCCUACUUUAUCUACGGCGUGAUAACGACAGCCAUGGCGGCCCACGUCACAGCCGCUGUACUGUUCGACGGUCGUGACCUGCAGACUGGCCUGCUGUCCCUACUUGGCUGUGUCCUCCAGUCGCUGUUUCUCGUACUAGUAUACAAGACUUACACGAAGUUGGGCAGAGAGGCCAUGUUCAAGAAUCACUCCCGUCUGAUAGAGAGCUAAUUUUAGGCGGUUGUUGUAACUGACAAGUCCGGCAAGCAAGCACAGAAGAUAUAACUAUACGGUUGAAUCAAUUAGUUGUUGUAGAGUUUGUGCGGAAAGAGAAGAGUCGUGGAAUGAAUGGGGCCCAAUACAUUCCACAACUCUUCUCUUUCCGAACAGACUCUAAUUACUUACAUGCUGUCGUGUCAACGACAGGAAAACUGAACGCACAAUCACACAUUGUACAGGGUGGCUAAAAAAUAACUGCAUUCCCGUUACCAGGGAGAUUUUGGGAUUAUACUAAGCAACUUUUACUAUGGGACCAACCCCGAAAUCGCGAAAAAAAGAAUUUGGGUGUUUCAUACAUUUUGACUGGUCCAUUUUCUAUGGGUGGGUAAAUUUUUUUUCGCGAUAUCGGGGUUGAUCCCAUAGUAAAAGUUGCUCAGUAUAAUCCCAAAACCUCCCUAGCAACGGGAAUGCAGUUAUUUUUAGCCACCGUGUACGGGUACUUGGAAAUCGCUGCACCGACAAGAACCCAGCUCUUGUGCAUAUUUAUGCUGAUG